AUGGCUUGGAAACUUACAUUGAAUAAUUUGAUGGUGGAAGAAUUGCAUACAUGGAUCGAUAGUCUCUUAUUGUCAAAACCAACAACACGAUUCGAACGAGAUUUUGCUGAUGGUACCUUGGUCGCCGAAGUUAUUCGAUAUUAUUUUCCCGAUCUAAUCGAUAUACAUAAUUAUAUAUCAAGCAGUGCAUCCAAGCAGAAAAAAGACAAUUGGUUUACAUUGAAAAGGAAAGUUUUCACUCGUCUUGGGUUUGAUGUUCCAGAAGCUAUUAUUACUGAUAUUUGCAAUGCAAAGCUAGGCUCUGUGGAUAUAUUUCUAUAUAAUUUAAGAACAAAGAUCGAUAAACAACUGGAAUCACGAACAAAUAUUCAAAAACGUCAUUUAGCUUCUACAGAACAAACAUUGUUCCCUUUGACUGCUGUCAAUCAGAAACAUAAAGGUGAACCACGUUUUUCAACUCGAUCAAAUGUAACUAGCAAAUCAAAUAAUAAUCUCAACAACAAAUGGGUCCAUCAAUCAGAUUUCAAUGAACUAAAACAACAAUGUCUUCGACAGCAACAGCAACUUGGAUUACUCCUGACAAAAACACAUUCACUAGAACACUUUGUUCAACUCGUUGAUAAGCGUAUUAAUGAGUUUUCCCCUGCCAUCGUCGACAAGCGACAUACUAAACACAGUGAUAUUCUUGCUAAAAAACAGCAAAAAAAAUAA